UCUACUCUAACAUGCAGUCGGAAAAGUUCUGCCAGCACCGAAUGGCAAGUUGACUGGAAUGGCUUUCCGAGUUCCGACAGUGGAUGUUUCAAUUGUGGAUCUCACAGUGAGGCUUGAGAAAGGAGCUUCUUACCAGCAAAUCAAAGAUGCGAUCAAGGAGGAGUCAGGGGGCAAACUCAAGGGGAUUAUGGGGUACACUAAAGAUGACGUUGUCUCAACAGACUUUGUGGGUGACAGCAGGUCAUGCAUCUUUGAUGCCAAGGCUGGGAUUGCUUUGAAUGAACAUUUCGUGAAACUUAUUGCUUGGUAUGACAAUGAAUGGGGUUACAGUUCACGUGUGGUUGUCUUGAUUGUGCAUAUGGCUUCUGUUCAAGCUUGAUGCUAAUCUCAUGAGAUGAUAGAGGGUGACUUUGUUUUACUUGUGUCGUACUGGUUAGUGUUUUAGGUCCCCUGAGGUUUUGGUUUGGAAUAAACUGCGCAAGAGUCUUGUGUAGUCUUGUUUUGGAUGUUUACUUAUGGAGUCUUUGUGUUAUCUUUGUUUCCCUUGUGUUCAUAGGAAAAAUAAUCGAAAAUUCUGUAAUAUAUGAAAAGUUGGUAUAAUAUAUUUGAGGAGUGUUUAUUAUAAUUAAUUGUUAUUUCCUAUAAAAGCUUCA